ACAAGGUUCGUUCAACACGGAACGAAGGAUGGUGUCAAAUUGCAUUAAUAAACAAUCGUCUUUCUCGGGAACCGAUCUGCUGGUCCAAUUUCACCUGGUAACAGAGAAAGACCAAUCUGGGACCGAGAAAGGGUAUUAAUAACCAAUAAAGUGACGAUUUGCGAGGCGAAAAGAUAUAUAAGCCCAUGCCACAAGGACACACUGUUCUUUGCCGUGGAGUCCCUCGAGGCUAUGACCCUCGCUGGGGUGCUUCCCCAAGGUUCCAUCUUCGUCUUUGCUGAUGUAUCCUCCGAAAGUUAUAGACCUGCGUUGUGAGAAACUUCGGAAAUUCCGAUCUGCAUUCACCGGACAUGGUUUCCUGUUCGAGAAUGGACUUAGAAUGCAACAUCCGGUCAGCGAUAGGAAACCAUGCUGGUCGCCGGACUUUCCUCUUCUUUCGAAGACUACGCGCCGAAAUAUACAAGGACUUCAACCCUCGUGACGAUAGUGUUUUCUCAUCCUGUGGAUUCAAAACGAGAGGAGUUUAGAAAAUACUUAGAAAAGGCUGGAGUUCUUGAUGUUAUAACUAAAGCAUUAGUUGAACUUUUGGAAGCCAAAGAUAGACCUAGUGAUGCAAUGGAGUUUUUAAGGCAACAAUUAGCGGCAGCCAACCCUCAUGCUAAUGAAAUAUCAGCAUUGCAAGAUGAAUUAACUAAAACCAAUGAACAGCUAAAAUUAUUAACAAUUGAAAAUACUAAUCUUAAAAACAAAUUCAUCCCAGGGUCAAGUCAAAAUCCUGUUAUCCAAGUUUGGAAAGAUGCAGUCCUUUGACAUCAUCCUGCUCCUAACUCCCAAGAUAGAUCAUAAAACAAACAUUUCUAUCCAAUUCGCUGUGAAAAGUCUGGUUGGACAAAAACCAACCUUCUAGAAGAGAUAAGCAAGGAAAAUAAAGGAAAAAAAGAAUAUGCUAUAGACAUGACAACUGGACAAAGAAAAAAAUAAUAAUAAAUCCAGAAGGAUUACUAAAACGUCAGGGAUUGGAGUUAGACAACAAAAUGGUGUUUUUGUGUAGAUUGAUGCAAAAUACAAGAUACCUUCAAAGAGGACACCGAUUUAAAGAGAUCUUUGGCAGAUUUGAAUUGCAUUCUAGGAAUUUUCUAUAUGAUAAUCGAACUCGAACCCGGAACCAAUCGAUUCCUUGCGACAAUGUAAAACGAGUGGACGCUAUUGGAUAAUUUAACAGGUUACACGCGAAUCAAAUGUAACUCGCCAAUUGUGUGUGUGUGUGUAUGCUAAUGUGGAAUAUUUAUGCGGUGUUUGUACGGGCGGACAAUUUAAUGCCACUUUCCAGAAGAAUAAAUUCGUUUAAUAAGCGACAAGAGCUUUCCUAAGUAUAUUAGAUAGUAAAAUAAGUUAAUUUUCGUUUCUAGAUAGAAGCGUUUAAAUUGGAAAAAAAAAAAAUUAAUUAAAAUUUGUUAAAUUAACUAGCAUUCAUUUACGAAAAAAGAAAGGGGGGAAGAAGAGCUAAAAAUCUAAUAUAGCGAAAGAAGACGGGAAAUUUUACUUAGAAAACUUUAACUUUAACACGCUCGAGUUAAACAAUUUAAACUCGAUUGUAUUUACACCAGUGUGAAGCGAGAAAAUAAAAAUUAUAAAUUACGAGAAUGGAUUGACGUUCUCGACACUAGAUGGCAGCGCUAGUACGGACGUUUAGUUUAAUGCUAAUUAACAAAAUUUAUUUUUUUUUUAAAUUUAAAUUAAAUUAAAUUAUAUUAUUAGCGGAGUAUAAUAUAGUUUUAUAUUUAAUUCAUUUUAUUAUCGGAAAACGAAUGCGAAAAAGGUAAAAGUAAAGUUUUAGUUUAAUUGCCUCCGACAAAUCCUAGGAUUAGAUUCCGUCUGUCGUCCGUAAUCCGUAACGAAGUUGUUACAAAUGCAACCGAAAGUAAAUCUAACUCAAUAAGCAACAACAGGUAAUUUUUAUUUUAUUUUUU